GGACAAAGUCAAAGAAGAAGAAGAGACAAAGAGAGAGAGCUACUGCAACUGUCAAGGAAACAUCGUCACUUCAACAUCUGAAUGAUGGUCAGAUUCAGUUUUGGAGAGGAAAGCCGAGGAGAACAGAGAGCAUUCAAAAUGAUCGCCAAGACUUUUCUCUUUGUUGUGAUACUGAUUGGGCAACCAUCAAAUAGUCAAACAACAGCACCCACAGAAAAACAAACUGCAGCAAUUAUCGCGUCCACGUCAGCAGCAGCAGCAGCAACUGCAGUGGCAGCCUCAACAGCAGCAGUCAGUGGAGCAGCACCCAAAGAAUUAGAAGCUGCCAUAACCCAGGCACGAGCAGCAGCUCGAGCUGCCACCUUAGCAGCAGAUGGAACAGCAUCAGUAUCCCUGGCAGUAGCAGCAGCUGAAGACGCUGCAGAGGCAGCAGAAGCAGUAGCAUUAGCAGCCAUUCAAGCAGCAGCAAGUGCACCUGCAUCAAUUACAGAUGUAAUGGCAAAUAUAGCCAAGGAAUCAUCAAAAGCAGCAAAGGCUGCAAAGGCAGCAGCAACAGCAGCAAAAGCAGUCAACGAGGCAGCUUCAGCAGCAGCAUCUCAACAAGCAUUGAUGGAAACAGCAGAAGCUGCCAAAGAAGUGGGGAAAUCCUCAAACGAUGCAUUGGCGACAUUAUCAGCAAUCCCCGCAGAAAAAGCAGCACAAAUGACAGAAGAAUCACGUUCAGCAAUAGCAACAGCAGAAACAGUGGCAGACAUCGCAGGAGCAACAGCAUUGUCAGUAGAAUCAGUAGUAAAGGCAGCAACAGCAAACAACUCUGAAAUAAUGAAAUCAAGUACAAAUGCAGCAGCAAGAAGUGCAACAGCAGCAGCAGGCGUUCAGCUUUCACUGGUAUCAGGGACAAAUGUAACCCCAUCUACAGCAAGCCCCACACCAGGCAGCACUGCAGCAUCAACCUUGGCAACUAAAACAACAACAACAACAACAACAACAAUAAUAACAACAACAACAACAGCAGCACCUGUAGAAGUUAAAGCAAAGGAAACUGCAGUCGUGGCGUCAACAGCAGCAGCAGCAGCAGCGGCAGCAGCUGCCUCAGCAGCUGCGGCAGCUUCUGGACCAGCAGCAUCCACAGCAGCCAGGAAUGCAGCAGUAGCUGCAAAACAAGCAGCAAAGGCUGCUGCAUUAGUUGCAGCAGGGGCAGCACCAGUGGAAACAGCAGCUGCAGCAGCAAGAAAAGCGGCUGAAGCAGCAGAUCUGGCAGCACAAGCAGCCGUAGACGCAGCAUUAAAACAAGGAACAGCAGGACAAACGCAGCAAGCAGCGCUGAUAGCAGCAUCAGCAAUUAAGUCGGCAAAUGCAGCAAAAACAGCAGCAGCAGCAGCAACGUCGGCAGCAGCUGCAAACGCAAAUCCAGCAACAAUCUCAGGAGCUGCUGAAGCUGCCAGAUCAGUGGCCACAGCAUCAAAAGAAGCAGUAGAACAGCUGCAGGACGUUUUAUCACAGGCCACAGGCUCGACCGCAGCAGAGAAAGCAGCGAUAGCAGGGGCACAGGCAGUGGCAGAGAUGGCACAGGCAACAGCAGCAGUAGCCACAACAGCAGCGGAAACAGCAGAAGACGCAGCAUCAGCAACAUCUGCAACAUCCGCGGCAGAACUCACAGCAAUAAUGACAUCAGCAGCACAAGGGGCGGUGACAUCGGCCUCAGCCGCAGCAACAGCAGCAGAGGCCCUCGCUGACCAAAGCAACGCAGCAGCAGCAGGUGGAUCUGGAUCUGGGUCUGGGUCUGGGUCUGGAUCUGGAUCUGGGUCUGGGUCUGGGACUGGAUCUGGGACUGGAUCUGGGUCUGGGUCUGGAUCUGGAUCUGGAGCUAGUUCUGGGUCUGGGUCUGGAACAGGAUCAAAUCCAGGAAGCAACACAACAGGAGCUGCGAGCUACCAUACGAUCAGCCUGGUUUCUGUGGGGAUCUCCGUCAUCGCUGCUCUGCUUCUGUGAGGAGCAACAUGACGCAGCUGCUGCACUGAAGGACUGACACGCUCAAUUGUAGAAUAUCAAGAUGUAUUUAUUCCUUUAUUUUAUCUCCAAUUCAUCGUGUGUGUACCAAAAUUAUACCAUUUUAUAUUUGUCUUUGACAGGUCAGAAAAGUUGGAUCAAAGGAAAUGAGAAAGGGAACAAUGAUCAAUAUUUGAAUAAUCACUAAUCAGUAAUAGAGUUAUUCAACUCUUUAAAUGGCUGUAAAUUAUCCUAUUUAUUAUCCUAUUUAUUGUGAGCAUGGUUUGUACUGAAUGAAACUGUUGUUAUUCUAUAGUUUAUUGCAAUUCAUAUUCGUAAUUGUGACGGUUUUUGAUUAUAAAUUAAAACAGCUGCUCUUGAUCUAAUUCAUGAAAGAAUGUGAUUAUGUCUCCAUCAAUAAAUGAACAAUUACUGCAUUUUGCUUUGAUCGUUGUUUUCUUUGCCAAGCAGCUCAAGCCCAUCGAGGUUCCUCUGCCUUUAAUAUG